AACGAUCAAAAAAGUAUCCGGAGUCCCACCGGACACUUGAGGAUCGUCUGCAGACGCAGUGUGGAGCAGCAGCCAGGAUGAUCCCAGUGGGUGAAUUCAGAAACUUCGGCGUAGAGCAGAACUCAAAGUACCGGGUGCUGAAACCAUGGUGGGAUGUUUUCUCAGAGUACCUGUGCGUUGCUAUGCUUAUGAUUGGAGUCUUUGGGUGCACCUUGCAGCUCACCCAAGACAAGAUUUCUUGCCUACCAAGCCACUUCACCAGCCCAACGCCUCAAGCAAUUGACUGUAGCCACAUCAGGACCUAUGGGGAGAACGAGACGUUCCAGCGCACACUGGUCUUGCCCACAAAGCCCAUCAUCCGAGAGGUGUCUGGACGCAAGAACGGCCUCGACAUCCACCAGUAUGUGUUUGUCAACCACUACUGCUAUGAGAAGUUUGUCCACUGGUACGCAAAGUACUUCCCGUACCUCGUUGUGAUCCACACUCUGAUCUUCAUGGUGGCGAGCAGCUUCUGGUUCAAGUUCCCUGGGACAUCUUCGAAAAUUGACCUCUUUGUUACCAUCCUUGGGAAGUGCUUUGAUUCACCCUGGACCACGAGGGCCCUGAGUGAGGUUUCUGAGGAAAGAGGAGAAGAGAAACUGGUCAGCUGGAGACGGAACACCGUUGCAAAAGAUCAAGCAGACCGAAAAGCAGAUGAGGAGGAGACUACAGGGCUUCUUCGCUCCUCCUCUGUCAAGUCUAAUCCAGAGAAGAAAAUUCCAGAGCCUCAGUCGGCCCCCUCUGUUUUAGAUAAGAAAGAAGGAGAGCAGGCCAAAGCUCUGUUUGAAAAGGUGAAGAAGUUCAGAACUCAUGUAGAGGAAGCAGACAUCUUGUAUGUCAUGUAUGUGCUACAAACAUCACUGAAAGUCUUCAAGUUCCUUCUGAUUAUUGUCUACACUGCAGUGCUAGUACCGAACAUUGAGAUAGUAGUGCGCUGUUAUGUUCCUCCUGAGCUGACUGGUUUUGAUAUCUAUUGCUGUAAUCACAACAAAGCCCAUCUUUUCUCCAAGCUCGCUUACUGCUAUAUCUGCUUCGUGGGAGUGUUUGGACUUCUGUGUAUCUACACACUUUACUGGCAGUUCCAUAGACCUCUGAAGGAGUACUCCUUCGAGCAAGUCCGAUUGGAGACGGGCAUUAACGAUAUACCAGACGUGAAGAAUGACUUUGCGUUCCUCCUGCACCUUGUGGACCAAUAUGAUUCUCUUUACUCCAGAAGAUUUGCUGUCUUUCUCUCUGAGGUCAGCGAGAGUCGUCUCCACCAGCUCAACCUCAACUACGAGUGGACUGCCAAAAAGCUGCGUGCCCGCCUCGUCAAGAAUGCCAGGAACCGGUUGGAGCUCCCCCUGUUAUCGUUGCAGGGGCUCCCUGACACAGUCUUUGAGAUACCUGAAGUGGAAUCGCUCAAACUGGAGCAAAUGAAAAAUGUGACCAUCCCAGCUAGUGUGGCAAAGCUGGACUCUCUUAAGGAGUUAUCACUGAUCUUCUGUCCUGCAAAGCUCCAGCUGCCUGCCUUGAACCAUUUCAAGACACGUUUAAAGGUCUUGUAUUUAGAUUUUGAAAGUUCAGAAGAGGUGCCUAUGUGGAUGUACACCCUACAUAGCCUGGAGGAGUUGCAUCUGAACGGUCCUUUAACCAACGAGGUGUCCAAGAGUGCCACUCUGGAGUCCCUUCGAGAGCUUAGAGCUCUUAGAGUCCUCGUCCUCCGCUCCAACCUUACUAAGAUCCCACCUAGCCUAGUGGAUGUUGCUUUGCAGCUGCAGCGGUUGUGCAUCUGUAAUGAAGGUGUCAAACUCCAGGCUUUUAGCAGCCUGAAGAAGCUAACCAACAUUGUCUCAUUGGAGUUAGUGGGCUGCGAGUUGGAGCGCAUCCCAAGUGCUGUCUUCAGCCUGAACAACCUGCAGGAGUUGGACCUGAAGGAAAACAAACUCACCACUGUGGAGGAGAUACUGAGCUUACAGCACUGCAGCCGUUUAGUGACACUAAAACUGUGGAACAACAAAAUCACUUACAUUCCUGAUCAUAUCAGUAAGCUGCACACCCUGGAGACGCUGGACGUUAGCUGGAACAAGCUACGAAAGCUUCCCUCUCGGCUGUUUUAUUGCACAAAACUCAGGCACCUCGAUCUCUCCCACAACCUGCUCACCUCAAUCCCUCCUGAGGUGGGCAUCCUGCAGGGCCUCCAGUUCUUCUCCGCUGCUUUCAACUCUUUAGAAACACUGCCAGAGGAACUGUUCUCCUGUAAAAGGCUAAAGACCUUGGCUCUGGGAAACAACUGCCUAUCGUUUCUCAGCUCCAGAGUGGCCAGCCUGGCCCAGCUGGUCCGGCUGGAGAUUAAAGGGAACCGUCUGGAGUCUCUACCUGUGGAGAUAGGGGACUGUCCCCUGCUGAAUCUCAGUGGACUGAUAGCGGAGGACGAACUGCUUGAAUUGCUGCCACAAGAUGUACGAAGCAGGUUGAGUAAUGGCUGAGUUUGUGGAGCUGAGGGCUGCCAUUGACUCAUCUCUCUCUCAGUGUGGUGUUGUGGUCCAAGGUAAUCUCUACAAACAGAUUCUGCAUAUGUAUAUGCCUUCUGUUUGUAGUCCAUUUGUAAUCCAAAUACUACUGACCAAUCAAGCAUGAAUGGCAGAUAAACAGUCCUUUUGGAGAGGCGGAAAGAGUCGGCCAUGUCUGACAACGGGCUUUAUAAUAAGUUUUUUUAAAAAUGUAUCUGCAUUCAUAUGCAGAUAUCUGUUUUUUAGAGAUCAGCUGAAAUGACCGGUGCACAGAAAAGGAAGUCCUGGCUUGGAUAUCCGCUGGCUACACCUGAUUAGCCUGUAAUAUUGGCCCUCACUCCCAGAGGUUUAUUGUCAUCGGACCGAUAGAUGAUGGGUUUUAAAAGUGGGUCUAUGUUGGUCAGACUGUCAUGGAGAGAACAGAGUAUUAACAGAGUAUUAAUCCAUACCACUAAGAGGACUUUCUCAUAUAAAACAGCAAGAAAAGGGAAAACAAAAUCGUAACUGAUCACAAAAGAAUAAGCAAAGACUCGAAAACAUAUUUAUAAAAUCAGUCAUCAUGAAAUGUGUGUUUAAAUCUGUGUGAAUGAGUGAGAAAUCUACUUGCACAUUGAAAAUGUUUUUAUGCAUUUAUCUUAAAAAUACCUUUUUUAAAAUAAAUAUUUUACAAAGUUU